CGCCUGCACUCUUAGGAACGGAGUCUGCGCGUUGUAUUCUUCUGCCAAUCUCUGCUACUACAAACACUUUAACACACCAUUAAAGGUGAAAGGAGAGAAAAGUCUCUAUAACUAGGUCAUGGAGAAAGCACAUGAAAAUGAAGUAAAAACCUUUGCAGAAGAAAUAAAAGCGUCCCCUACGGUCAAUAUAAGCUCGAUAUUUAAGCGACCAAAAAUCAAGUCUUCUUCAUUGAACAAAGCGUACUUAGGAAAGACAUCCACACCUCCUUGUUCCAAUGCUGUCAACGGGGCUUCUGGAGUUCCUCUUAAGAAUGCGCAAGCAUCCGCUCGCACAGAUGGAUCCAUCUCCCCUUCUACAAAUGCAGGUUCUAAUAAUUCGACUCCAAAAAGCGCUUCGGCCUCUUUGGCAUCGGCAGUUGCGAAGGUUGUCGAUGAACCGGCACCAGUGAAUGCUGUAGACAGUGGUUUACAGACGACAGGCACCAAACCUGCAUCUGGCGCAGGCCAUAUUGCUGCUCACAAUAAAGUUCGUCUAUCCAUAAAGCUGAGCACUGGUGGAAACGCAGGUGGAACGGGCACCCCAAAGACUGGUACUAGCAAUACCAAUCCUUGGGCACUUCGUUCAGCCGAACGGUUAUCAUCGAAUGCUACUUCGAUAAGAACAGCAUCUCCUGAGAGCUCGGAUGCUACAGCGGAAUGUAAACAAACAGCUGCUUCUUUAUAUGCGUCUGCUGCUGCUUCCGCCGCCCGCCAUUCAACUUCAGCUGCUUUAGCUUCGUAUGCUGGAACAAUUUAUGAUUCUAACGGUAAUAUCAUCAAGGGACUCGAGCAUCCAAACCCAUUAUCUGCUUCUUCUAAUCAUUCUCAAGAUGCUUUGCCUAACGUUGAUGCUAAAACUCUGCAAGCCCUUGCUGUUUCUGCCUCCUCUUCUUCCACUCGUCUUCAUCAAACGGAAAAGAACCAAGAAGCUCAAAGUAAGGAUCUUUCCAAUACGCAGAGUAAAAAUGGAUCUAUCUCUGGUAAUGAAGAAGUCUCACCAAGCCGACUUCCUUCGCCAACCAGUGUCCGUCGUGCUUCCCACUUCUCUGAGGGAAAAUGGGAUGAAAUUGACGAUGAAGACGAUGAUGACUGGGGAAGUACAAUCGAAUUUGAAGAUGGGACAACGGUCGUUAUUGACACCAAAACUAGAAAAUAUGAACCUCUAAAACCCACUGAACCUGAAGUAUCGGAACCUUUGUCCUCUCACUCCCAACCUGCUUCUCAUACUUAUACUUCCGCUCACACUAGUUCCGAAGAUAAUGCCUCGGAAACGUUGAAUUCUAACUUGGUUGAUCAUCCACCUACCAAUAUCGAACAUCUUUCCGAUGAAACCCCUAUAGCUUCAUCUGACCCAACAGAAAAUGAGACUUGGGAUUCUAGAGGAAGACCUUCUGAAAGAUUAGAAUAUAACAAACCAACAUCUAUGCAACAGUCGGACAAUCUACAAGAUACUACUACCUUUUCAGAGAACGAAGAACCUACCAAAGCUAUGGACCAGCCUACCUCUAAUCUAGAACAAAGCGCUACCUCUCCACCUACGGGUAUAAACAAUCUUCGAGAGGAGCAACAGCGUGUAAUGAAAGAAGCACGACAAAAAGCUGUUGAGCGUAGGCGUCAAGAGGAAGAAAAAGUAGCGCAAUCGAAAGAACGAGCGCGGAAAAAAGCAGAAGAAAUCCGAGUAGUCACUGAGUCGAAAGAAUCUAAUAUUCCUUCUGACAUUCCUUACAGUAAGGAUGUUAAGGAAGAUCAAGUUUUACCCACUUUAUCUGGCGAUCAACAAAAGCAAGACGAUGCAGAUCCUUCAACUUGGAGAAGUAAUACUCAUCCUGUUCCCCCUGCUCAUCCUACUACAGACUUGGAGAAGUCUGGACAUCUUCGUUCUUCAAUUAGCGCUGAUGAGAACACAACUCGUCAUAGCAAAUCAAGAAGUAUAGAUGAAGUUAUUCUGAGUAUCAAGGAUGUUAUAUUUGAUAACAAUCUUUAUAAACAGCGUACAUAUCAAAAUGGUGCUUCUCAAUUACCUGUACGUCCUCAUCAGGAACAGUUGAGUAGUUCGCGAUAUUCGUCAGCUGUCACUUCACCUUAUUCCGAUAAGAUGAAGACCUCGUUUGAUUCAAGUAACCCGUCACAUAACAGGCCUCAUGGCACUGCUAAAAUAUCUCGUCCUCGAGGAGAUGUGGUAUUGAACAUACGUUUCCCCUAUUCAACACCCACGCGUAAAUUACCCACUAGGACAUUAAGGUUAGAGGAACUGAAACCAUUGGAAGAAAAAGUACCUGUUUUUCGUUCAUCCUCAAAACAACCGCUUCGUAUUCAUCCUACUCAACCUUUUCGAGUAACUGUAUGCUUACCCGGGGAAAAAGCUAUACAAAUACUCAGACGCUCUUUUCGUAAUUCUAUAAACUCCAAUUAUUAUGAUCCUCAACGCCGAGAACGAAUUGAUACCGGCCACUGGAGAUCGGCAGCUUAAAUCGGUUUGCUGCAUAUAUAUGGUUAUGUGUAUCUAUCUAUGACUGUAACGUUUUUUUGUUUUGUAUCAAUUUUUCGACUAAUUCUUAUUUAUAAAUCAACUGAAAAAUUGUGCAAAAAAGAACACGACGUACUACCCCUCGGUUCUCUUGCUAUCUACGUUCUGACUUUUGCAUAAUAAAUAUUCGCUUUGUUAAUACGAACUGAUCUAGUGUUACAUUUUUAAAUCUGAAUAUCUAUUUUGGUAGAUAUCUGUACAUAUUAUAAUAACUUAGUUCCAUUGACGGGGAAGGACGGCUAUUUACUCUUCAUCACUUAUUAUGAGUAAUUGAUUUGCCUACUUGGACCUAGAAAGAAAUAAAUUAGAACAGAAAUGAAUGAAAUGAGAGUUAAGUGUCCUGAAGCCUGAAAGUCUAGUGGCUUGCUGCGUGAUCCAAGCACACCCGGCUUCGUCCUGGACGGUUUCAUCUCUUGUCUUGUAUAAGUGAACGAUAGAAACACAAUCAAAUAUAAAGCUUAUAGUGCUAAAAGGAUAUUAACUUUGACGAUUUUUGUGAUAAUUAGAAAACGAUUUCCGUAUGUCUCUUAAAAACUGAUAAAAGUCUCUUGAUUGAUUCAAUUUAUUCACUAAAUCAUCCAAGUUAGGAACUGGAGGACGACAGUGAGUUACUUAUGAGCAUGGUUAGUAAAUAGUUAGUAACGUUUGUUGGUGACAAACCUUUGUAGUCUAUUUGGGCUAGGUUAAUUUGAAAGGAGAAUGGUUUGUUCCAAUCUUUCUCGUCUAUGUUGGUGAAUACAAAACGUAUUACUUCUUCAUGGACACCUUCCAUUCGCAAGCCUAAAUAGUCUUGCCAAAAUUGAAGCUCCGGCAUGUUUAAUUGCUCCUGUUUUCUCUUCAAUGAAUCCAAAUCCUCCUUAGUUUGCCGUUUCGUCGUAAGCACAAGUCGGCAACGCUCUAUUUCAUCCACAACGGUUUGUCUACGCUUUCGCAUAGAGUCCGCCUUUCCUUGAAUCGUUUGUAUUUCUUGCUCAGUAGCCUCUCUUUCAACUCGUUCUUUUUCCAGCAAUUCAUUUAAACUUUGUUCGCGAGCUCGCAAAUGGUCUAGUGUUUUUUCGGUUUUCUUUUGGUUUUCUGGAGCCUUGUUAGAGUCUAUUAUAGUAGAGACAUGUGAAAUUACCAUAAAUAUUUGAAUGUUCCUUAAGAUACUCAUUCCUAUUGUUCAGAAGCUGCUUACGCUCAUCUUGCAGGAAUCGAUCAAAAAUGCUAUUGAAGUUGGAUAUUUUUGAUUUCAAAUCAUUAUAGUUUAGCUCUAAAUCAGGAUAAUUGGAUAAAGUCAUAAGAAUGUUUAUUUUUGUAUGAAGUGAAAAACACCGGUACGUAUGGGAAUUGUAGAGACCAAAUGAAUAUACAACCCAACGUUCUAA